ACUAUAUAAAGAAGUGACUGGAAAGUGAGAGCAUACUUUCAAAAGAAGAAAAGGACACGUCUGGAUUACUUCGCUCGCAAGCAUCAUGUCUGUGAGAGUCAGCCGAAGCAGUAGCUACAGCAACAACAGCAGCAGCGGUGGAGUCUACGGUGGAACCGGCGCCUUCAGUUCCGCCCGCGGGGUGAUUCUCGGCGGGAUCGGCAGAGGUGGCUCUAGCGUCUCCAUGCCAUAUGGAAGCCGCCGCGCGCCAAGUGUAUACGGAGGCGCGGGGGGAUAUGGCACGCGCAUCUCCAGCUCUGUUUCCUCUGUUUCUAUGGCAGCACCAGGUGGCGACAUUGUUGGUGUCGCCAGCGAGAAGCAUACCAUGCAAAAUCUCAACGACCGCCUGGCGUCUUACCUCGAAAAGGUAAGGUCACUGGAGUCAGCAAAUCGGAAACUGGAGCUACAGAUCAAAGAAUUUUAUCAGAAGCAAGCACCUGUACACAAGGAUUUCACUGGCUUUCAUGCCACAGUCGAAGACAUCCGCAAAAAGAUUUUGGACAGGCUAACAGAAAAUGCCAGGAUAACUCUGCAGAUUGACAAUGCAAAACUUGCUGCUGAGGACUUCCAGCUGAAGCAUCAGAAUGAGAUGGCAAUGCGCAUGUCUGUGGAAGGAGACAUGGCCAGCCUAAAGGCGGUCCUGUCGGAGCUGCAGAUGGGCUGUGGAGACAUGAAGAUUCAGAUCAAGGGGCUGAGUGAGGAGCUGGUCUGGCUCAAACGCAACCACGAGGAGGAAGUACAGGGGCUGAGAGCCCAGCAUGGUGGUUCUGUCAACGUGGAGGUGGACUGUGCUCCUCCUGUGGAUCUGGAGAAGGUGAUCCAGGAGGUCAGGCAGCAGUAUGAGUCCGCAAUCCAGGAGAGCCGCCGCACCGCAGAAAAAUGGUUCGAGAACAAGGUUGAAGUGCUACAGACCCAAAUGUCCACCAGUGUCACCGAGGUCAAGACCUAUCAGACAGAGAUGAGCAACUUACAGAAAACCUUCCAGACUCUGGAGAUCGAGCUGCAAGGACUCCAGUCACAGAGAGGUAACCUGGAGCGCCAGCUGUCGGAGGUGAGUGGGCACUACGGUCUGCAGAUGAGCCAGCUCCAGAUGCAGAUCGACAGCCUGGAGGCCGAGCUCAAGCAGCUCACCAUCAGCAUCGAGCAGCAGGGCACCGAGUACAAGCUGCUGCUGGACAUCAAGAUGAGGCUGGAGGAGGAGAUCGCCGAGUACAGGAGACUGCUGGAUGGGGACUACAGUGUCUCAACGGUGCAGGUGGAGGAGGAGGAGGAGGAGGAUGAGCACAACCCACACAGACAGCGGAGGGUGAAGGUCAUCGUGGAGGAGAUGGUGGACGGAGUCGUGGUGUCAUCCUCCGUGGAUGAGAAACUCCAGGAGGUGGCCUAGGCUAGGAUUCUGGGACACUGUGGACAAGGCUGUGCGUUUUUGUCAAGAAACAUUUAUUGUGUGUGUGCGUGUGUGAGGACCUGGGUCAUUUCCUGAUCCCUUCCUUUCUCUUCUCUCUGUCACUAUAUCUUCACUCUCCUGUUGCAUUAAAGGAGAAAUCCGCCGAGUUUUCACAUAGAUCUCCGCUUCUCGAGGUCACAGAAUACUGUCAGUACAAAAAACAAACAAAAACAAUUCUCCAUCUGAGUCUUUUGUGUGAAGAUUUGAGAUCAUUGCUGAGAAACGAUCAAAAAGGUAAAAAAUACAUAAAAUAACAGCCUUCACAGCUACAGCUUUACAACACGGAAUUUUUUUAAUAAAUUAUUCUUUGGUGCUACACAUGUUAUGAUUAUUGUGAAUUUCCUGCAUGUUCUGAGUACAUUCCUAUUCUAAAAUGGUAUUUUUGGAGGUGGUUAUGCUGCAAAUUAAAGUGUUCCUGUUAAUUCCCUA